AUGACAUUCUCCGUCCUUGCCGCAGGCGAUCUCGUUAUCAAUGGCCCCCUCAACCGCCCAACUGGCAAGGGAACCGUUUACGACCAUGUACGAAGCGUAGACUCGUGCUUUGCCAACCUUGAGAUGCCAUUUUCCAAGAACGGCUACCCCGUUGAAAAGUUGAUCCCUCUCAGAUGCAGUCCUGACCACGCUCCAGUCAUCCGGGACAUUGGGGUUGACGUUGUAACUGUGGCCAACAAUCACGGCAUGGACUAUGGCAUCGAGGGCUUGGUCGAAUCGCUCGGGGCGCUCGACGAAGUAGGGGUUGCCCACGUUGGAGCUGGCAUGAACGUUUCCGAAAGUUUUGCGCCCGUGUUCGAGGACAUCAAUGGGACCAAAGUGGCAUACAUCGGCGUCACCACAACAUUGCCCAACGGCAGCGGUGCUGGGCUCUCUCGACCAGGACUGGCAGGUGUGCGCGUCUUUACCAAAUAUGUCGUUGACACUGUGUCACUGGACGAGUCCCCGGGCAUGUCACCAUUUGCUGAGACCAGCACAUACAAGCCGGAUGAGGAGGUCCUUCUGCAGGCCAUCAAAGAUGCCAAAGCCCAAGCCGAGCUGGUGUUGGUGGCGAUCCAUUGGGGUGUCCCAUAUGGUUGGGUAGCCGCCACCCAAGACGAAAUUGCAACCUACCAACAGCCGUUAGCCCAUGCCAUGAUCGAGGCGGGAGCAUCUGCAAUAUUUGGACAUCAUCCGCACGUGGUGCACGGUGUCGAGUUCUACCAAGACGUCCCGAUCUUUUACAGUCUUGGGAAUUUCAUCUUCAGCAACAACAUUGUAACACCGGACGCCGACUGGCGUACCUAUCCUCCAUAUAGCUGGACCAGUCUGCAACAAACACUGUCGAAUAUCGGAGCACUGGCAAGAUUGUCCUGGACCGGUGGUAGAUUGUCCAGUUGUUCGCUCAUUCCGGUCACAGUUGCGGAGGAUGGUGAGCCUCUUGCGGCUACACCGGGCGAUGCGCAGGUGCUGCUCUCACGCCUCAAUGCGCUCUCGAAAGGUCGCGGGACAGCCUUUGAGCUGAAGGAACUCGAGCAGGGAUAUGAAAUUCGCAUAACCAAAGCAUCUGCAUAG